GUUGCAGAUACUAAGUUCUGACGACUCGACGAGGCACAGGUGGUGUUGUGCUGGGUUUUGGGGGGGUUGACGUUUUGCAUUGAGAAUUAUGGCUGUGCGCGUGCAGUUUGAAAAUAAUAAUGAAGUUGGUGUAUUUUCCAAGUUAACUAACUCAUACUGUUUAGUUGCCAUUGGCGGUUCAGAGAAUUUUUACAGUGUGUUUGAAGCUGAGUUGGCUGACACAAUUCCUGUGAUACAUGCUUCCCUCGCUGGAUGCCGAAUUAUUGGUCGUAUGUGUGUGGGAAAUCGGAAUGGUUUACUAGUUCCAAAUUCAACAACUGACACUGAACUUCAGCAUCUAAGGAAUUCUCUACCUGACACAGUUCGUGUACAGCGUGUUGAAGAAAGGUUGUCUGCCUUAGGAAAUGUCAUUGCUUGUAAUGAUUACGUAGCUCUUGUCCAUCCAGAUCUUGACAGGGAAACAGAAGAAAUUUUAGCAGAUGUUUUGAAAGUAGAGGUUUUCAGGCAAACAGUUGCCUCUAAUGUGUUGGUUGGAUCAUACUGUAUCCUCUCUAAUCAAGGUGGUUUAGUUCAUCCACAUACAUCAGUGCAAGAUCAGGAUGAAUUAUCUUCAUUGCUGCAGGUUCCGUUAGUGGCCGGAACAGUCAACAGAGGAUCGGAAGUUAUAGCUGCAGGAAUGGUUGUUAACGAUUGGUGUGCUUUUUGUGGAAUGGACACCACUUCCACAGAGUUAUCAGUAAUUGAAAGCAUCUUUAAAUUAAAUGAUGCACAGCCAUCAUCAAUAGCAACAUCAAUGCGAGCAUCCUUAAUUGAAAGUAUGUCGUGACACGUGACAUUGCCAUCAGUAAAGAGAAAUCUUCAUGGAAAAAAAAUUGCAGUAUCGCUUCAGAAAUAUGCUGCAUGGUGUCAUCUGGUAAACAACUCUUCAGAAGUGUAAUAUUGAGGACAGUUCGUGUAAUUAUUGAGCUCAUUUAUUGUUGAAGUCUUUUUUUUACAUAAUACAUGGAAAUAAUGCACACUUUCA